AUGGUCAUCGAGUACAUGGGCGGGGGCGAUCUGUCCGAGACACUCGGCAAGACAAGGGCCGGCGACAACGAGGCCCUUCGUGUCUCGAUCAUCGAUGUUGCUUCCGUAAUUGUUCACACGCUGGCGGAUCUGCACCGCCUCGAAAAGGUGCAUCGGGACGUCACGAGCCUCAACAUCUUUCUCUCGAACACGUACAACAUUCGUCUCGCCGAUCUCGGCACAACACGGAGAGAGUCGUUCGCAUCGACGACGACGAAAGCGGACGCGCCUACGCCGGCCGACAUUUCCUCGUGCCGCGUCGUCCUCACCGAGCUCGACACAUGCGACGAAUCGUACGCCAACGCCAAAAACAGAAGCGCGAUCCAGAAGCAAGUGCACGACGGCCAACUGCGUCCAACUAUGAGCCCCAACUGCGAGCCACGGCACAAGGCGCUCCCAAACCAGUGUCUGGAGGGCAACCCGGCCAAGCGCCCGUCGGCAGAGGACAUCACUACUGACGUGCUCACGGCCCAUCGCGACGGCAACGACUUCCGCGAUCGAUGA